AUGCUGUGUAAAGUCCUCUUGCUCCUUUACCUCCUGACACUCGCAACACAUGUCUCUCCUGUCGAAGUGAGGGCGAGCCCCAACUCCACCGCCCUCCUCCCCUGCGCCACCUCCCUCCCUCCCUUUACCGACGAGGAUGAAAUAAUCCGCUCCCUCAUCCAAGUGAGCUGGCUGGCCAACGGCUCUGACAUCGCCUCCUUUGGAAACACAACGGGGCACAUUAGAGACAGCUUCAGCUGGGACACGAGUCAGUUUGUCAACGGGAACUUCUCACUUACUGUCUCGAGGACCGGUCUGGAUCUGCAAGGGCCGUACAACUGCACGGUCAGCUACAACUCCACCGUGCUGCUCUCAGAGACCAUCACUCUGAGGAUCCUGGCUUCUCCCACACUCUUGGUCCCUCCCCAUUGGGUGGUGCUGGGGAAGGAGAGUAGACUGGAGUGUCAGGCGGAUGGGUUUUACCCACCGCCUGUGUCCUUCUCUUGGACCCGAGCAGGAAGUGUGAUCCAAGCGCCCCUUUCUGAUGAUGGUGAACAGAGUCCAGAUGGGUUGUUCCGGGCCGUGUCCAACCUGACCUUUCACCCCUCCCAGGAUGACCAGAACAUGACCUAUGGCUGUGAGGUCACCCACGAUGGCAUCAAUCAAGUUGUGGACUUCCAGCUCAACAUUACCUAUCUCCCCUCUGUCAGGCUGUCUGCCGUGCCCUCCACCUCCCGCAGUGCUCCCCUCACUCUCUACUGUGACCUGGUGCGGUUUUAUCCGGACCAGGUCACAGUGUCCUGGAUCGUGAAUGGAACUGUUCUCCCUCAGCGCCCUGCCAGCGAGGAGGACCCGGAUGGGACCUACACAACCAGACGCUACUUCACUCUGAGCCCGGAGCUAAGGGAGAAGGCCAAAGAGGUGGAGUGUCUGGUCGACCAACCUGGAGUCACAGAACCGGUCCGUGGAUCAGCUCUCCUGGAGGAUCUGGACCCCCCAGAUAAGGACCCAGUUCUGACCAAGUCAGCCAAAGCAUCAGUGGCUCUGAUGUGCAUUUCUCUGGUUCUCGUCUUCCUGCUCUGCUUCGGCUUUUCCUGGAAGAGAAGAGAUGAGAAGCAGAAGUCUCUGAAUGUAUCAGGGAUAAUCCUUCCACCCCGGGUGGUGGUGGGGCAGAAGGGCAGGGUGACAGUGAGCAUUGAGGGCAGAAGGGUAGAUCGUGUCCAGACCACCUGGUUCCUAAACAACACACCCAUCUCUGAUACCUCACUGGCAGUGUCUGAGAAAGGCCCUCUGCUGCAUCCCAGAGGCGAGGCGGGAUAUUACAAGCUGCACACCCAAGGGCCACUGCACUCGGCAGGGGGCGGCAGCACCCAACAGCUCGUCUCCUCUUUCACCUUCAUCCCUCAGAUCUCAGUCCACAAGGGGGCGGUGUUCAAGUGUCAAGUGUCCUACAUAGGCAAAGAUAAGGUGGUGGUGGAGAAGGUUUCAGAAAAGUUUACCAUAUUAGCCUCCCCGGAGGUGUCAGAGAUCCAGCUGGCAGAGACAACAAAUGACUCAGUCCAUGGUGGGCGGACCAUUGACACGUGCUAUUCUCAGAGGAUCACAUGCAUUAAUGGCCAUGGCCAUUACAGCAGAUCACUGGUUUUGAUUGUUAUGAGCUGUCCCAGUUUAGAUGGUUUGUACGGUGUCUGUUUAAAAGGUUGGGGUAAACUGCUGUUAGCUGAGACUGAUAUUAUCGCCAUGACUGUCAAGGCAUCGCGGUUCCACCCGGAUGUCAUCACCUUCCGCUGGUUCUGUCAAGGCGGGGAGCUGACCCCCGUGGCCUCCCAGGCCCUGUCCUCCCCUCGACCCGAUGCUGAGGGCUUCUUCUCAGCCUCCAGCCAGUGCAAAUUACCCCGCGGUGAGCUGGAGAAGGGCGGGACCAAGGUGUGGGUCACUGUCCAUCACAUCGCCCUCAAACAGCCCAUCACCCGCGAGACCAGAGGUUUCAUCAGGCCGCCGUGUGUUUCAGAGAUCGCUAGCUCCAAUUCCUCCACAAACCAUCCUUUGACCCUGGGCUGUGACAUCACAGGGUUCUACCCCCCCGACAUCUUGGUCACAUGGCUGAGGCUGAGAGAGGGAGAGCAGGAUGAUGGAGAGGAUGAGGUCAUAGAGGGGGGAGAGUUGUGGGGUCCCAUGCAGACCCAUGCCAAAAAGUACCGGGCCACCGCCACCCUCCAGAGAGAAGGAGUGAAGGAGGAGAGGAAGCAGAGAGGAGGAGGGGUCGUCUGCAGGGUCGAGCACUGUUCGCUCAGUGAGCCGGUCGAGAGGCGCUGGAGAGACGUUCACAUCGCUGCUCCCUCCAUCCCUCCGUCCAUCUCAGUCUGUUGGAGUAGCGAGGGCGUCGGCGUGUUCUCCCUCCAGCUGAGUGGAGGUUGCCCAGGUGUUAAACUAUUGUGGGCCGCUGGAGGUUCCACCCUCUCUCCGCUGGAAUCCAUUGAGACAGAGGAGAUGGGCGAUGAUGGACAGAAGCUUCUGAAGAGCUUGUGUGCACUGGAGAUGACAACUCACCGGCUAAGCCAAACAGACAGACAGCCAGAGAGACAGAUGAAUGGACAUGCACUGGAAACCAGUGUAGCUGUCACUGACCCUGACGCUGAGGGGAUUGAAUACAUCGACGAUAUGCUGGAUGGAGAGAACAACAACACGGAGAGGAUGAAGAUGGAGGUGAAGAAAGAGGGGGAGAAGGAGCACUCAGAUGCUCUGCACAUAAACAGAGUGUACCUGAGGAAGAGCAGCAGAGGAGAGGAGAGGGAGAGACUGAGGGUGGAUGUGGAGAUCACUCACCCUGCCCUGACACUUCCUGUUUACAGGACAUGGACAGAGCCCGUCGAGGAGGCCUCAUCCUCUCUGUGACUGACAUGGUGUCCCCACCAGAUCCUGUUUUUUUCAUAGUUCCUCAGAAGAGUUACAAGGUUGUUCUACGAUGUUCUUAGGAUCUCUUUAAAGUUUUUAAUUUCCCUUCAUCAAAUAUGUCAACAAAUAUGGUUUUGCUUUUGCCUUUUUUGUUUAUUUAUUACACCAUGUUCUUAAUGCUUCACCUGUGUUUUUUUCCUGUAGCUCAAUGAUUCUUUUUCAUAAGUUUAUUCAAAUGUUUUCUACAGAUGACUGUAAUAGCAUAUUAAUCUACUUUGGCAGAUUUGUUAAAAUCUGCAUCUUGAUUAUAAAAUGUUGACCCCCCCCCCCCCCAAAAAAAGAUUUUCCUCUGUCUUGUAAUGUUUGACUUGGUGCUGAUAUGUUGGGCUCCUUGGGUGUGUUGUGAUUUAGAUGUCGCUCUAUUUACAUUUGCCACUAGAGGUCACUGCAGCCUGUGAGCAGUAUGUGUUACAGUGAAGUACCUCCUGGGUAGGAGUCCGUGGCAUGUUUUGCGAUAAGCUAAGUCACAGCAGCUAGGGUACAAUGUGCUAGUCUUUUCAUGUAUGACUACGAAUCUUAAUAAACGGUCAAGUUCAACAGCAUGAGUCAGUGGACUUCAUGACAUGGUGUCAGAAGUGAGUCUUCUGGUUGAAUGUGGGAAGAAGAAAUGAGUUUGGAGCAGCGAAAUGGCUAAGUUUCAUGUGCCGGAAUAAUUUGACUUCACCCAGGCAUGGCAUGGCAGACCUAGAGACAGCAGUCUAUCUCGCUAUUGGAUCCCAACGAAACUCAAGAAGGUGACGUUCAAGUUAACAUUUUGUUGUAUGCUGUGGGCAAAGAAGUAGAGCCAAUAUUUAGUGCCUUUACAUUGACUAUUAAUGAGGCAGUAGUUAAGAAGCUUGAUGAACAUUUUGUGUCCAUGCACAAUACUCUA